GUUCCAUAGUAUCAUGCGUCUCUCCUUCAUCCUCGCCGUUGUUGCAUCUUUCAAGUUGACGGUGUCUAUGCCAACUGCCAGUAGCGAUGACAGUUUCUGUCCCGAAACCUGCCAGACUACAAAAUAUUGCUGCUCUGGCUUUAAAUGCGAGGACAUAGGCUUUCUCUGGCCCGCAUUUGUCUGUGUAGAUCAUAAACUUGGAGUGCCAAUUAAUGAUGGGGGGUGAACCGCUGAGCUAGUACUACAUUCGGCUCAGUGCUCGGCUGUCGCCGUGAACAAACCUGCUCGGCAUCAACAUUUAACCGCAUAAAAUAUAACUGAAGUACUUGCCUCUC